GCUAGUCUGACACUGAACCAAACAAAUCAGCUGAGCCAAUCACAGAGAGCCUCUGUCUCCUGUAAGAGUUGCUUGUGUCCGUUAACACACAGGAUACAGACUGUAGAGCUGCAGAGAUGAGACCACUUUGCAUUAUUCUUGCGCUCCUCUGUGAAAUCUGUCAGGUGCCAGCUGACAUUAAAAAGACCUCAGGCAUAACUCAGGACAGUGGUGUCAUAAAAGCUAAAGAGGGAACAAAUGUGACUUUGCGAUGUGUUUGUCGAGAUGAUGCUGUAACUUUCUUUUAUUGGUAUCAGCAAAGCCUGGGAGGCAAACUUGAAGUCAUAUCAAUUCGAAUGAAGGAGAAGGCAGAAGCUGAAAUAUCACCUGGCUACAAAGAAAGGUUUGGCGUCUCUGCACAAAGCCAAGAUAGCAGCAACCAUCUCACAAUCACAGACCUUCGCCCGUUAGAUUCGGCGGCGUAUUUCUGCGGCACUCUAGAAUUCAACGCAAUCGAAUUCGGACAAGGAGCUUUCCUCUACGUCAAGUCGUCGCUGUCCAACACCCUAGCUUAUGUCCAUCAGCCUGCGGCGGAGUCCCUAGGGCCGGGGGAAUCUCUGAAUUUGAGCUGUGCCGUGUACACUGAAUUGCCACAUGUAGGGACGCAGAGCUUCUUCUGGAUCAGAGCUUCUACUGGACACGGUGCGUCUGAGCCUGUGGACGUGUAUCCCAGUGCAGCGCAGUGUACAAGAUUUUUCAACGGAAAGUCUCACAUGAUGAAUUGCACUUUAAACCUGGCAAAAAAGUCUGUGAGCUCAUCUGACGCUGGGAUGUACCGCUGUGUCCUGGCCUCCUAUGGAGAGAUUGUUUUUGGGAAUGGAACGACAGUACAGAUUGGCAGUUCUACGGAAGUCCCCCCUCUCCUGGUUUACUGCUUGAGCGUGGCAUUGGCCGUUUCCAUCAAUGUGCUGGUCGUCUUGGCUUUCACCAUGUACAAGCUGAGAAAAAAGCUGUGCCCUACCUGCACAGGAAUUCUUUCUCAUCUAACAUGUCUUGCAGCCACGAGUAAAGAUGCAGAUACUCUCAACUAUGCUGCCCUGAGUCUGAAAAGAAACAGCCAACAACAUCAUCAAGAGGACAACAUGGAGACUGUGUGCGUAUAUUCUAGAGUAAAGAAUGGAGCAUCGUGAAGUAUGGCCAACCACUUCAGUAAAUGAGCAACGUGAGCAAUGCCAACGUGAUAUUAUGUACAAUGUGAAAUAAUGUUGGAUAAAAAAAUAAAAUGUGUUUUGGCUGCA